AUGGAGUCGAUUCCCAUAGCGCUCGACGGCCUUGCGGCGUGGCCCAUCAAAUGGCAGCACUACACGCCCGCGGUGCAGUCCAAGGUUAGUGGCUGGGUGGGGCGCAAGGUGGCGGAGAUGAUCGGGUCUGAGGAGAAGGACUUUGUGGAGUUCAUCCUCGGCCUGCUGGCCAAGCACGAGGGGCCGCCCAAGGUGGAAGAGGAGGCGUCCAUCGUCCUUGAGGAGGAAGCCGGCCCCUUCACGGCCAAGCUCUUCCGCGUUGUCAUCUUCGAGACCGAGCGCGCCGCGAUGACGGCCUGA